AUGACCUCGCAGCAGCAUUUCCCGGUGGAUGACUUCGGUAUCUACUAUGUCCUCGCGGAGUGCGCAGACCACGGCGACCCCCUGCCCCCGGGCGAGGCGGACGACCACCAGCAGCGUUCCCAGGGGGUGACGGGCCUGCGCAACCUGGGCAACACGUGCUACAUGAACGCCAUCCUGCAGAGCCUGUGCAGCAUCUCGCCGCUGGUGGAAUACUUCCUGUCGGGAAAGUACAUCACCGCACUUCGGAAGGACUGCGGUCAAGUGGCCACCGCUUUUGCCUACCUGAUGACAGACAUGUGGCUGGCAGACUCCGACUGUGUCUCGCCCGAAGUCUUCCGGUCAGCCCUGGGCAGCCUCUACCCGGCCUUUAUGAAAAAGACGCAGCAGGACGCGCAGGAGUUCUUGAUUUAUGUCCUGAAUGAACUCCACGAUGCGCUGAAAAAGUACCAGCGGAGAUCGCAUGAAAAAAGCUCUGUUCCAAGGUGCUGCAGAAAGAUGCUGGUCACUGAGUCCUCCAUCAUCACGCGUCUGUUUGAGGGGCAGCUCAGCUACAGCGUCAUGUGCCUGAAGUGUGAGAACUGCAGCUACAGGAACGAAGUCUUCACUGUCCUCUCCCUCCCCAUUCCAUCUGAGUCUGAGUGCACACUGCAGGAGUGUCUCCAGUGCUUUUUCCAACAAGACACACUGACCUGGAACAACCAGAUCCACUGCUCUUUCUGUGAAACCAAGCAGGAGACCGCUGUGAGGGCUGUUAUAUCCAAAGCACCCAAAAUUAUGAUCUUUCAUUUAAAAAGAUUUGACAUUCUCGGCACAAUGAAAAGGAAACUGAGAACAUCUAUUAACUACCCACUCACAAACUUGGACCUCACUCCGUACAUUUGUCCAAUCUUCAGGAAACACCCGAAAUACAAUCUCUGUGCAGUGGUGAACCACUUUGGGGAUCUGGAUGGUGGCCACUACACAGCUUUCUGCAAGAACUCAGUUAGCCAGGCGUGGUACAGCUUUGAUGACACACGAGUCAGUGAGAUUCCAGACACUUCAGUUCAAACUGCUACAGCCUACCUCCUGUUCUACAGCUGCCAGCCCUUCUCUAUACCUAUACGAAAAUGCAAGAGCUAGAAAAAUGGGGUUUCCUGAAAACUGCAAGACAAGCAAUCAGAUACUGGCACUGAAAUUUUGCUUUAUCAUUAAACUCUUGCCAACUUCUCUGUGUCACUGGCAUUACAAAAUCUUUCUGGC